CGCGCUUGCAAAAUUGUUUUCCUGUCCCGUCCAUCUCUCCUUCCCUCCUUCCUUUGGUGUCCACCCAUCUAAAGAGAAGCCGACAACGUCGAGUUUUUGGGCGAGAAAUGAGCGUGAAGGCACCGGCGACGAGGACCCGCGUGGGGAGAUAUGAGCUGGGCAAGACGAUCGGGGAAGGCAGCUUUGCCAAGGUCAAGUUCGCCAAGCACCUUGACUCCGGCGACUCCUUCGCCAUCAAGAUCAUCGACCGCCACCUCGUCCUCCGUCAUAAGAUGGUCGAGCAGAUAAAGAGAGAAAUAUCAACCAUGAAGCUGAUCAAGCAUCCAAACGUUAUUAAAAUGUUUGAGGUCAUGGCCAGCAAAACGAAGAUCUACAUUGUUCUUGAGUUUGUUGAUGGUGGCGAGCUCUUUGACAAAAUAGCAAGACACGGAAGGCUAAAAGAGGAUGAAGCCAGGCGCUAUUUUCAGCAACUCAUUGACGCUGUGGACUACUGUCAUAGCAGGGGUGUUUACCAUAGAGAUUUGAAGCCUGAAAAUUUGCUUCUAGACACCUAUGGAGUUCUUAAAGUUUCGGAUUUUGGAUUGAGUACGUUCUCAAAGAAAGUGAGGGGGGAUGGGUUGCUUCACACCGCCUGUGGAACACCGAAUUAUGUAGCUCCUGAGGUCUUGAAUGAUAAUGGAUAUGAUGGUACAUCAUCCGAUAUUUGGUCUUGUGGGGUAAUUCUUUUUGUAUUAAUGGCUGGAUACUUGCCUUUUGAUGAAGCCAAUCUCAUUGCUUUGUACAAAAAGAUCUGCAACGCUGAUUUUGCAUGUCCUCCGUGGUUCUCAUCUGGUGCAAAGAAUCUUAUAUUACGUAUUCUUGAUCCAAGUCCUCUCACGCGAAUAACAAUUCCUGAAAUCCGGGAAGAUGAAUGGUUCAAGAAGGGUUACAGGCCACCUCACUUUGAGCAUGAAGAGGAGGUAAAUCUUGACGACAUUGAUGCUGCUUUCAAUGAUUCACAGGAACACCUUGUAACGGAGAGGAAAGAGAGGCCUGAAUCCAUGAAUGCAUUUGAGCUUAUUUCUAGGUCGCAAGGAUUCAAUCUCGAAAGUUUAUUUGAGAAGCAGAUGGGCCUUGUGAAGCGAGAAACCCGAUUUACUUCUCAGCACCCCGCAAAUGAAAUCAUGUGUAAAAUCGAGGAAACUGCAAAGCCUUUGGGCUUUAAUGUUCAUAAAAGAGAUUACAAGAUGAAACUGCGGGGUGAUAAAACUGGAAGAAAAGGCCACCUUUCUGUGGCUACAGAGGUUUUUGAGGUGGCACCUUCACUCCACAUGGUUGAGCUCCGUAAAACUGGUGGUGACACGUUGGAGUUUCAUAAGUUCUAUAACAGCUUCUCGUCGGGCUUGAAGGAUAUAGUUUGGCAACCUGACGGAAAUGCUGAAAAAAGGUGAGACAGAAGUCAGACCAAACUUCCCGUCGGAUACAGUUGCUAAAGCUUUUAUCCGUCCUCACCCUGUGCGCAUUUAAUCUUGAGCACUGGCAUUCCACAUAAAAAAAGGAGUGUGGAGGACAUGGCGGCCUGUGUCUGUGGCGGGGUUUUAAGCCAUCUUUAGUGAAGGAAAUUGAACCUUUGCUGAAUAUUAUCUCGAUUCUUAAAUUUCUUUUAUGUUUCAGUCUCUCGUUUUGGCUCUUCUUUUAAUUUAAUUUUCUAUUUUUAACUGAUUUGUAUAAUAAUAAUAUCGCCUUGUCUGACAGUGUCUAGUAAAUGUGCAAUUGGUGCCCUCAUGGAGGGCCUUCUACUUAUAUCUUAGGAUUUCUAAUGGCUGUUGAUCAUUG